UCCUCAGUACACCCCUGCAGAUCCCGCCUUCUCCGCUACGAACUACACUUCCCACCGCCCUGGGCUGCUUUGGAAGAGAACUUUGAUCUCCGAUCAUUUCUGGUUCCCCUCCACAAGUUCUCAAAUUCCUCGCGCUCCUAGUGGUAACCUAGGUGUCCGGGCUGGGCAGGCGCUCAAGGGGAGGAAAUCCGCAGCCCAUAUGGCGCAGACUGGGCUGUGGACCCCGGGGCUCAGGCGUAGAAUAUUGAACUGUAUGGAAGUCCGACAACAAUGAACCAUUCAUCUAGACUGGACUCUUCCCUUUCCAAAAGAAGGGUUCAGAAAAGAAGGUUCAUCUCUUGCAAAUCUCACAGCUAUGUCUCAGGGAUCAGUGUCAUUUAAAGAUGUGACCGUGGACUUCACCCAAGAGGAGUGGCAGCAACUGGACACUGAUCAGAAGGCCCUGUACAGGGAUGUCAUGUUGGAAACCUAUUGCCACCUUGUCUCUGUAGGGUUUCACAUGACUAAGCCUGAUAUGAUCCGCAAGUUGGAAGAAGGAGAAGAACUAUGGACAACAGAGAGAAUUUUUCCAAGUCAGAACUAUUUCGAAGAAGAUGGGAAAGCUGAAGAUGUUCUAAUGAAGUUUAAAGAAUACCAAAACAGGCAUUUUAGAUCAGUUGUAUUCAUCAACCACAAAAGACUAACUAAGGAAAGAAGUAAUGUUUGGGGGGAAACACUUACUGUAGGCAAGAACUAUAUUAUUUCAAAAACAACACUACAUGAAUAUAAACCUGAUAGAAAGGUUUUGAAAAAUAUUUCAGAAUUGGUCAUUAGAAAUAUAAGCCCUGUAAGAGAGAAAUUUGGUGAGAGUAAUGGAUGGGAGAAAUCACUCCUAAAUACUAAGCAUGAGAAAAUUCAUACUGCAGUGAAUCUCUAUACACAAACAGACUGGGAUCUGAGUAAUGAACAGGAACUUAUUCAACAACAGAAGGUUCAAACUGCAGAGCAAUCAUUUGAACAAAAUGAGUGUGAAAAUUCCUUCCUUGUGAAAGGAAUGUUAUUUACACAUACUAGAACUCACAGAGGAGGAGAAAGACUCUUUGGAUACAAUAAAAAUGUAAUGCCUUUCACCAAAAAGUCAAAUCCAAGUGUCCAUCCACAAAAUCUUAUGGAGAUGAAGCCCCAUGCGUAUAGCAAAUAUGGGAAAUUCCUCUGCAGGAAGUCCAUUCUUAUUAUGCAUCAGAGAUCUCAAAUAGAAGAGAAACCCUUUCAUUGUCCUUACUGUGGGAAUAGCUUUAGAAGGAAGUCAUAUCUCAUUGAACACCAGCGAAUUCACACAGGUGAGAAACCUUAUGUUUGCAAUCAGUGUGGAAAAGCCUUCCGUCAAAAGACAGCCCUCACUCUUCAUGAGAAAACACAUGUUGAGGGGAAACCCUACAUUUGUGUGGAUUGUGGGAAGUCCUUCCGCCAGAAGGCAACCCUCACUAGACAUUACAAAAUACAUACAGGGGAGAAAGCCUAUGAAUGUACUCAGUGUGGAAGUGCUUUUAGAAAGAAGUCAUACCUCAUUGAUCAUCAGAGAACUCAUACAGGAGAGAAACCAUAUCAAUGUAAUGAAUGUGGAAAGGCAUUUAUCCAGAAGACAACCCUCACUGUACACCAAAGAACUCACACAGGAGAGAAACCCUAUAUUUGUAGUGAGUGUGGAAAGUCCUUCUGCCAAAAGACAACCCUCACUCUCCAUCAAAGAAUUCAUACAGGGGAAAAACCCUAUAUUUGUAAUGAAUGUGGAAAGUCCUUUCGCCAGAAGGCAAUCCUCACUGUUCAUCAGAGAAUACAUACAGGAGAGAAGUCCAAUGGAUGUCCUCAAUGUGGGAAAGCCUUUAGUAGGAAAUCAAACCUCAUUCGCCAUCAGAAAACUCAUACAGGAGAGAAACCAUAUGAAUGUAAAGAAUGUGGGAAGUUCUUCAGUUGCAAGUCAAACCUCAUUGUCCAUCAGAAAACUCACAAGGUAGAAACCAUGGAAAUAUAGUAAAGGAUGUGACUUUAUUUUUAUAAAAAACCUUUAAAGUCAUAAUAAAUGCCAUAUUGAUGUUGCUUGCAAAUGUAAUAAUAUUAAAUAGUUUAAGGCACUAUAAACAUACUGUUUACUAGAUGAUAAAGCACACACACAGAAUUCUAGUCAAAAUAAAUGACAAAAGUCAUUGAAAAUACAAGUUCCAACUUUUAUUAGAUUCACAGGACAUAAACUUUCUCUGUCAAGUUGCUACACACAUUUAAAAUUGCUUGUUUUCAAUUUCAGUACCUACCUGGUUGUAAACCAGUAAUACACAGUUGGUAUAUAGACCAUGCUAUAAGCAAAGGACAUUUAAAAGGAAAGUAGUGAACUGUAUUUUUCAUUGCAAAUAUGGAAUAAGCUGUUACCUCCUAAGAGUUAACCACAGUUCUAACUUCUAACAUUAUAAAUUAGUUUUUGCAUAUUAUAAACUUUAUAUAAAUUGAA